CACUAGCCUGCGGCGGGGAUGACGUCAGUUUACGGGCUGUAGGAGUUUCUGUAUCACCAUGUGUGCGGACGCGCAGUAGGCCUACUGCUGGCCGUCAGCGGGCAAGCGGAGGAGAAGAGGAGGGGAGGAAAAGUGUGUUUACACAGACGGCAAACUGCCUGGGGAAUCGUCGGGGAGAGGAAGUCAGCCGGCUCUGUGUCUGCCUGCUCCAACUUCCUGCUCAGAAGAAGAAAAAGCCCAGGAUCCUAUUUCAGUCCAGCACAACUGUGAAGACCAGAAGUAAGCAUGGAAAAACGAGGAAUCGCACGAGCUUCACCGUAAAGUUUCGCGGAAGGCAACACACACGAGUCAGAGAUCGCAGGUAUGGACAGUGCCAUCACCCUUUGGCAGUUCCUGCUGCAGCUGCUGCUCGACCAAAGCCACAAGCAUCUGAUAUGUUGGACGUCCACAGACGGAGAGUUCAAGCUCCUCAAGUCCGAGGAAGUGGCCAAACUUUGGGGGCUACGCAAGAACAAGACCAACAUGAACUACGACAAGCUGAGCCGAGCCCUGCGCUACUAUUAUGACAAGAACAUCAUCAAGAAGGUGAUUGGCCAGAAAUUCGUCUAUAAGUUUGUGUCCUUCCCCGAGAUCCUGAAGAUGGACCCUCAAGCGGUAGAGAUGGGCCUGGCUUCUGGAAGGUUUCCCCUUCAGGAAGGAGAGGCAUCAGAGGUGGAGGUAGAGGACGAGGAGGAAGAGGAAGGAGAGGAGGAGGUGGCGGCCCAGAGGAGGACCCUGGCAGCCCUGGGUGUGCAGCAGUGUCGCAACGACUACCUCCGCUCUGGACUCUACUCAUCCUUCAGCAUCAGCUCCCUGCAGAACCAACCCGAGCUGCUCCGUGCCCUGCGGGAGCACCAGGAGGAGCCGCGCUCCGUCAUCCGCUUUGGCACCAACACCAGCGAAAGGAGCUCCCCUCCCUCUGCCAAACUUGAGUCCUACGUCUCCCCCAGGUCGUCCAAACUCCGCUCCCCAUCUUCUCCCCUCACCCAACCCUCCCAUCACGGCCGAAGCUGGAGCCCCGCAGCCAGGGAGGAAGAGGAGGACUCUGACCAGAGCGCUCAGCCCCUCAACCUCUCCUCUGGGUACAGGGAGCGAGCCCUGCAUCCUCCUGAGAAGAGGAGCAGCAGCAGUGGUAGAAGUAGCUCUACUAGUAGUAGUAGUUAUCAAGGAGACAGACUCCCACCAAAAAACAAAAAGCCCAAAGCUCUGGAGAUCUCCUCCCCGUCCCUGCUGCUCGCAGGGAGCGACAUCGGCUCCAUCGCCCUCAACAGUCCAGCACUGCCAUCUGGCUCCCUCACUCCGGCUUUUUUCACUGCCCAGACUCCCUCUGGUUUGCUGUUGGCUCACAGUCCGCUGUUGUCAGGCAUCCAUUUCUGGAGCAGCUUGAGCCCCGUAGCUCCGCUCAGCCCCGCCUGUCUGCAGGGCCACAGCUCCCUCUUUCAGUUCCCCAGCCUAAUGAACGGACACAUGCCUGUCCCCCUGCCAAACCUGGAAGGAACACCCUCCUCCCUGCUCCUGUCCCACAACACUCACAAAUCCUGAUCCAGGAUUUGGUGAACCGCCCAUCUUCAUCCAUCUCUUACUCUCACCGUCAUUAUCAGCAGCAAUCUCUUGUCCGUCUUGUUAAUUUUGCUUCAGUAAAGUCCCACAAGACGGUAUGUGACCUCACUUUUUUGCACUUGAGUUGCUUCAGAUUCCAGUGGUUGAAAGCACUUGGUAAAAGCCAUACGCCGCGAUGUCUGUGAGACGCCGGGCUCUCUGUGAUGAAGUACAGCACAUUUCCACAUGACCCUUUCCUCGAUGGACAGUAGUGACGUGUAGCUAGCUGCAAAAGGCUAGCCGGCCGCUCAUUCUGUGCAGAGAGCUUGUUUGUUUAAUCUUGUAAAAAAAAAAAAACAUUCUAAAAAAAAAAUAAGCAAUCUUUUUUUUCCCUUGAGUGUUCAUCACAAUGUGAACCUAGUUGUUUCACUUGUGGGGUAUUGUAUGCACUAUGCUUCUCAGAUAGUACCGGCUGUGCCUUGUUGUUCUAUUUUUCUUUUCCAAAAUCUUUUAAUGAAGAUGAGAUUUCAAAUCAAUGAAAACCUUUUAACACUUGUAAUGUUCUCCUUUUUUUAUACUGGACUUGGUAUACAGUUUGUAUUCUGUAUAAUUUUGUAUUGUGAAGAAUGUCUUGUCAUUUUCAAUAAACAAAGCAUUGAAUGCUUGCCUUUUUAAAUUUAA